UGGUCGACAAAUUUGUCGUAUCGUCAAUUGACUCAGUUUGUCUCACGAUUUUGCUUAGUAUUUUGCCACGAAAAGCACUUUUUUGCUGUUUUUUAAAGGAUUACUCUCUGCAAGAUUUCAUCGUUAAAAUCAUGAUCAUUCUGUUUAGCACAUUUGUUGAAAAGAUUUGUGCUACAAAUCCAUCAAUUAGCAAAGAUUUUACGUGAUUUUUCUUCCUUACAUUCGUGCAAAUGUGAUUCUGAAGACGUUUUCAAUUGCUCUAUCUCAAACCAAUUUCCAACAUUCCUCAAUGAUUUACAUCUUCUUCAGUCUUGUUGCAAAUUAUGUGUCUCUGCCGGGCGCUGGAGAGACGGAGUCAUUGACAGUACUCGAAAAGCAAAAUCUAGGAUUAGUCACACGAAUCGACAAAACCGAGGAGGAUCAAACAGUGGUGGAGACUUCUGCGACAGUGGAAAAAAUUGAGGACACACAAAUAGCAGAAAAUAAUGAGGAAGAAUGUGAAAUAAUACAUCAGCGAGAAAAUAAAUUUAGUGAAGAUUUAGCACAAAAGGGUGAAUUUGUGAGUGAAUUGGAAAUUAAAAAAUUACAAGAGGAAGACAAUGUUGUGGUAGAACUUCCAGAAAUAGCAACAGAAUCAACAGAAUCAAAAUCAUUUGGAGGUGAAACAGACGAUGAAGUGAUUCAGAGAAUACUGCAAGAUUCUGAAGAGGAAGUAGAUAUAGAGGAUUUAUUAGACCUUUCAAGUCCUGAAGAUACUGUACCCAUCAUUGAAAAUACCCCAGACUAUUUAAAGAGUGAAGAAAAACUUGAAGAACAGAAAAUAUCUGAAGAAAAAACUUCAGAGUUGGACAAACAGAAAGAACAAAUUCAGGAACCUGAGUGCGACAUUUCCGCUCAAAUUGCCAGUCUAUACGAGGAAGAUCAUCAUCAAGAAGACAAUCGGCCACCAGUGCCAAUAAAGACAUACCGUUGGGAAGACGUUAGACGUGCCAAACAACAGGGCGGAUACCCAUGGACACAUCUGUAUAAACCACCCCUUGGUCCAGAUGAUGAACCCGAAGUAAUUUUUAGAUAUCGAUCAUCUCCCAAAAAUCGCAGAUCAUUUGAGGAGAAACUUUUAGAUUCAUCUUCAACAGAGAAAAUAGUGAAAACAGAAAGUGAAUCAGUUCAAGAUUUUUGUUACCCUGAUAUCCUUGAAGAUGAAACUGUUCCAAUAGUAACAGAAUCGAUAGCUAGCGAAGUUUCUGCAGUUUCUGAAACAUCUAGGGAAGAACCUCUUGUUCAGAAAAGGAGUUUCAAAAAGAUUUUCAGCCCAAAAAGUAUACUUAAGCGAUCAUUUAAAACUGAUCGUAAAAAAACCUCCAUUCCUCAAGAUCACGAAGCUGAAUCAUCAGAAAAGAAAGUAAAAUAUUGCCAUCCACUUGUUGACAAACUUAAGACCAUGGCUGAGAAACAAUUAUCCAAGACUCAUGGGAAAAAAAUUAAGAAGAUACCUUUACAAGAAUCAAAUAGGAUCACAUUGGAGGAAGAACAAAAAAUUCUCAAUCUUAAAGAAUCCCCAAAAACGAGACAUAAAGGAUUUACUUCUUAUGAAGAACGUCAAGAAAGUGAUGAUAUUGUAGAAAUUGUUGAACUUGAUGAAUCCCCAGGAGAAGCUAGACGACGACGAGAUGAAGCAUCAAGUCAUGUAACCCCGGAUGAAAUAAUAGAACUUCCUGUGCCUUCGGAAGCAAAGGACCAAGUUCUUGAAGACCAAGAACCUAAGAAAAAAAUGCCAAGACGCCAGAAAGAACAUGUCUAUGAAGAUAUUCAACCUACUACAGAAGAUCAACCCGUAGUAAUACUUACAGGAGAUACAAUGGACCCUACAUUUCUUCAUGAUAUAAUAGCCCCUACGGAAUUACGGACCUCACUGACAGUUCAAGACAAACAACUUCUUGAAGAAGUGGAGUACAAGAGGAAACCCCUUGAAGAAUUUACACAAAGCUCAGAAGAGGAACAAAAAUCCACAACAGGAAUGUUAGCCCCUAUCUGCUCAAUUGACUCAGCUUCGUCAGAUGACGAAAGGAAAACCACGCUUCAGGCUGUUGUUGAGGAAAGUGAUGUUGAAAAUACUGUUGAGAAAGUCACUGAAAGUGCCACAAAAGAUGUGGAAAAAGAAAUUGAAAAAAUUCCUGAAAUUAUUACUAAUGAGCCAGAAAAUGAAGAAUCGGGCGAUCUUGAAUUGAAGUCUGUUUUAAAGACUGAAGCUUCCCCAUCCCUCGACAAACGUGUGACAUUCUCUCCAAGCACCGAAGAUGAUCCUGACCUCUUGAAAGAAGAUAUAGAGAUAGACAGUCUAAAUGUUCCAGUGAACAGUCGUUGGUCCAAGAUGAGUGAUCAUGAGUACGAACCGAUUGGACAGCCUGUUGAUGAGAGUAUUCGAUUGGAUCCCGAUACUGAGGAACUCGAAGGUGCUGUAGGAGGGCAAGAAAAUGUAGAAGUGGAGCCAGCUAAACGACCUGCCUCCGAAACUUCAAGCAUCACUUCGCAUGAACGUAAACUCCUCAGAGUGCCAACUGAAGAAGAAGGAGCUGAUGAUGAGAUGAGUGUUCAUGACAUUCAGAAGGAUAUUGAAGAACGAUAUUUUACCAGCGCUACUCCUGAAUCUAGGACAGACGGCGAACUUCAUACGAGUGCUGUAGAUUCAAGUGCUAUUGAAGAUCUUCCUCUCGACAGAGGGAGUCGUAAGAAAACUAUGCUUAGCUCAGCUCAAGAUCGUGGACGACAAAUGCAACAAAAGCUUAGGAAUCAAGCAGGAAAGUUAAGGUCAAAGCUUCGUAGUAUGAAAAAGACUCAAAAUGGAAGUCCUAAAUCUAAAGAAAGGAAAAAGUUCAAAGCCCCAGAAUUUACAAAACUCAAGAAUCUUCAUAUGCCGAAAGUUAGUAAGCCAGAGAUGCCCAAAUUCAAAAGACCAGAAUUCACAAAAAUCGAAUUCAAAAGGCCCGAGUUUACAAAAAUCACACUCCCAGAACGUCCCACUAUGGCAAAAUUUAGAAUUCCUGAAAAAUUCAGCAGUUUGAAGCUUAGAAGAACUAGAUCUAUGAAAGAAUCGACAGCAUCUACAGGAGAUUCUACUUCAGGAACUAAUGAACCUCCGAUUGUAAUGAAAAAGAAAUUUGAUUUUGCAACUUAUCCCAGAAUUUUUGAUAAGAUGCGAAAGCAGAAAACUGAUGUAACGAAAUCAGAGAGGCCAGGAACUCCACCACCACCCACAUUUGCCACAGUGUCAAAGAGUGUUGUUGUUAAACAGGACUCAUUGGUACCCGAAGAUGGAGAUAGUGAUGUAAGGCGGCAAUACUCAUUGGAAGAUGAAGAAUUUCAAAGGGAAAGUUCACUAGAAAGGCGUAUGAGGCAGCAUUUUUCACGUCAAAGGCAGGAGAGUGAACAAGAACAGUCUGUAGACAACGAAGAGCAGCGUCAACUGGCUGAGUUUGAUAAGGAAAAUCGGGAAAUACAUGAAAUAUCUUUGGCUCGACAAGAAGAAUUCAAGCAAAGGCUUCCAUUGGUUCAUCAAGACUCGGAUCUUGUUUCUGAGGAAAGUGCUGGAAAAUGGACUGGAUCCUUGAAUUUAAAUCAAAGUUCGUCAUUGCAAGGCAGUGAAAAAUUUGAAUUCGACAACAAUUCAAUCCCAAUUGAGGCCAAGGAACCACGAAAAGGGGUUAUUGAGCAAAUAGAUGACGAUGAAUUCUUUUUAAGAUCUAAGGGUAUCUCUCAGGAUAACAUACAAAUUGGGGAGUACAUUAGUUCAGCUAUUCGAGAGGGCUUGACAACUCCUAUGAAUACGUUAGCUCAAGUAGGUAGGUAUUCACCCUACUAUGACGAGGACGUUGAUCUGAACAGCGAACCUAUUGACUAUGGGUACGAUAUUCCGAAAAAGCCAAGACGAGUCAGAGACAGAGAUCGUAGUAGUUUGGAAAAUGAAGAGUAUUUUGGAACCUAUCCUCCCACAAAACCAAUUCGAAAACAUCGGAGCUACGAGUCUGAUGAGCGAAUUGUACCACAAACUGAUGCAUAUUACAAUGAAUCAGAAACUCGCUCGUUUUACGAUAAUGACCAAAUAGAAGGUGUAGAUCAGCCUGAUAUGUAUAUUGACGAUGAAGAUGAACCAAAAUCUGAUAUGCAAGAACGUAUGCCUUUCCCACCGACACCACCAAAAGCGCCAAAAAGACGCCGAAAGCUCCAUAGACCAUUACCCAGGGAUGUUUCUAACUAUGUGGAUAACCUGGCGGGAAGAUCUGUGUCGAACAAUUUCAUCGCCAACGGUGAUACUGACGAAAAUGUAAUUGUCUACCGAACAGAACACAAAUAUCCAGUCCCACUAGCGACCCCUGAACAUUUUACACCCAUCCCAACACCAAGAUCUAGAUCUCGAUCCCAAGCAUCGAGACUUACGGAUGACGAUCGUACUUCACACGGAGCAGAGUCACUUAUUUCAGACACACAUGUCCAGAUUGUAGAUUUCCUACGAACUGAAUUGGACUUAACAGGAAACAACGGAUAUGCCGUAGUGAAGAAGGAACCUCCACCACGACCACCACCGCCCAUUCGUCGAAAGAAAGCUUCAAAGUCUCCAGCAGAAAACCAAUUUGCUACUAUGCCCUUGCCCAAGAGAAGUGUGUCACCUCCAGCUCGUCCUAAAAGGAACUAUAGCACCAUAGCUCCGUCCAGGCCACCUAGAACGAAGUCUGUAUCAAGUCUUGGAGAAGAACUCAAACUUUUGACGAGUCCAUCCCCAGACGCAACACAAUACGAAGAGAUUGAAGAUUUGGAUUCCCAUAAAGAUCUUCAAUCUGGAGAAGUUAUCAAAAAGAUGAAGGAGCGACCACUACCCCCUCCACCGCGUCCCGAACGUUCCCUCAAAAGACCCAAGAAAUAUAAGAAAGAUGAUAAACCUGAUGAUGAUCGUGAUGGAGGUGGAAUUAUGAGUGAUUCUAGACCACUUAACAUUGAAGAAGUUGAGGUAUCAACUCAAACAGACCCUCUUCCAGAUGAUUUUUGCUGCGAAGAAUUGGAAAUUACGAGCGAUAUGAAGACAAUCACGCCUAGCCAGUGCAAAACUUUAGAGGAUAUCCUAAAGGAGGAGCAAGAAGCUGAACUCGAGAGGGCACAACAAUUAGCAGCUGAGCAGAGUUUAUCAAGAGGAUUGCAGAGAUUUAGAGAGAGUAAUCAUAGAAGUUUAUCUGAGAGAUCAAGGGCUUCUACUCUGGAUAGACCCAAGACACCUGGAAGCAGACCUAUCUCCCCUAACGCUGUUGUAGUUGAAAGAAAAAUAUCCACUCCCACAAUGCUUACAGAAGCCACACUGUCUGUGGAGCCUGUGGAUGAACCUAUUUCUUCCGAAAUUAGACCAAGUCAGGAACAUAGUAGGGAGGUCCUAGAAGAACCUAGGACUGAAGUUGAAGAAGAAAAACUUUUGAAAGAAAUUCUAAAUGAACAACCAGUAGAGAUAUUGGCUGAAACUGAGUCUAAUAUAGAAGCUACCAUCCCAGAACCUAGUCAAAGUCUCCAGGAAGACCGUCAGGAGAAUCAGGAAGAAAAUGAACGUGAGAAACAAGAAGAAAUAACGAGAAGAAUGCAAGAUGAAGUUGAAGCAGAACUUGAAAGAUGUGCUCAAAGGCUAGAACAGGUGAUUGAUGUCUUGCAGCAAGAUGAUGUUCCACCAGUUCCUCCACCAAGACGAAAGUCUUCGGCUGGGGAAUCCUUGAUUCCUCAACAAACUUCAGGCAAUCUUCAAUUGCGCGAUCUCAGUGUGGAUCGUUUGAAUGUCAAUCAACUACAAGCUGGAAGAUUAUUUGUUUCUGAACUUGAAGGUUCAUCCCUUAGCACCCAGGAUCUUGAGUGUAAAUCCGGGAAUCUUGUGGUGAAGAGCAUAGAAUUGCCUAAGGGUAUAAUUGAGGAGAUUGUGGAUCGUGUUAGGAGUCAAAUGCCAGCACCAUCUACAGUUUCUGCCCCACAAACCACCACUCAUGAAGAUCCUGAGCUUGAGAAAGAGCCUCCUGCACGGCCUCCACCUCCUCACGGCUACUACCACCUUCCAUCAGAAUUCUACCCCUAUUCUCUGCCACCUGCUUCAUUUUAUCGCUUGAGAGACCCUUCGGAUGAGGACGAGCAACCUCCGACAACAUCACAUAGACGCAGAAGGCAUCACAGACAACAUAGGGAUUCUUCAGAAGACGAAGAUCACGGCAGGGAAUCGCGUACGCGAAGUCGUCACAGGUCACGUUCUCAAGACAGUAUCAUCGACCUUGGAGGGCAGUUUUUGAAAGCCUGCAGCUCUCAAGCUGGCAGAUCUGUGAGGCAGAUACUGCAAAUGGUGCGAGCAACUGUUGUCAAGGAGGAAAAUCGUAAUGAGGUUAAUGUGGUAGCAAUGCUCCUCAUUGUCCUCAUGGCUAGUCUUGUCUUGAUUUGCAUGGGAGGUGGCGAUAGGACUGUACACCAUCAUCAUUGGGACUUUUUCAAUGCUCCUGGGAAUGGGAAUAUGCCCAAGUGAGACGCAGGACUACAGUGCAUUUCACAUUUCAAUUCACCAUUUAUUGUGCUUUUCAGCAGACAAUUUUUCUUAGGUAUGGAGUGCAGUUGAUUCGUAAUCUCAAAUUAUUUAAAGAAACUUAAUUUUCUUAAUUCUCCGUAAUUAGUGGAAUCAACCGACAUUGAUUCUAGUUGAUUCUUGUAACUAUUUAUUUAUUUAUUUAUUAUUUUUACUGCUCGAACUCAAAGAGACAGCAAUUAUAUAAUCGAGUGUUUUUCAACUUGUCACCAUCCUAGAGCUUAAACGGUAUGAGAUAUCAACUUUCGGUCUUCAAUGACCCCCAAUAAAAAAAUGAUAUCUCUAGACGUUUUUUUUAUCUUUUUCCCCCACCGGCCUCCGUUCCUUCCAAAACCAUGUUUUUUUAGCUUUAUAGGAAACGGCUCUUACGAUUUCUUUUAUUUUUGAAUAUGUUUUGGAGGUGGUACAGGCAGUGGAGUAUCUAGGUACUUAUGUGAGGGGUGCGGUUGUACCUCGAAGGCGCCCUUAGAAUGGAAAAAAUGUUCAAUCAGGGCGGGAGGGAGGUUAGCAGGUCCUACAUCGAAUGCAGAAGCAUCACAAAAAAUAACCAUAUUUAACCUAUCGGAUGAUUGCAUAAGUUCGUGAGACUUUUUCACGUUGGUCGUUAAGGGGUAUCCCGUAAAAAAUGGAAUUGAUAAGCUUAUAUAUGUUUGGAGAACAAGUAUAAAACGGUAAAAAUUGUUCUGAAAACACGCACAGCUUAAGUAUGAAACGGUAAUGUGUUAAAAACAUGCACAAUGGUUAAAUCUUAAAACGGAUGAUACUCAAAACCAGUACAGCGAGUACAGCUCAAAAAUAAAAUGGUUGAAAUUCAGCACAGGUUCUGCAUAGCUCAAACAAAAUUGAAUCUAAAUUUUUAACAGGUGUCUUAAUCUUAACCGUUUUAUGUUUAACAGCUGUGCGUGUUUUCGGCACAAUAUUAACAGUUUUAUCCUUGAGCUGUGCAGAUCAUCAAUACGUUUUUGGGCGUUUUAUACUUAGUGUAUUGUCAGCACAAAUUUAACAAUUUUAUGAUUGAUCUGUACCGGUUUUUAUCACAACCUUAUACAUUUUGUAAUUGAACUGUGCGUAUCUUCAGCACAAUAUAAACCGUUUCAUAUGCUUGAGCUAUGCAGAUUUUAUGCACAAUAUGAGAAGUGCGAAAUUUAUGCAUAAUCUGAACCAUUUUAUGCUUGAAUUCUGCGUCUAUUCAGAAUAAUCUUCACUUAAAAUUUUAAAGUAUUUUUUUUUUAAUUUCAACUCAAAAUCUUGAAAGAAUAUAAGGACAAUAUGCAUUUUAAAAGCCAGAGGGGCGUCAAGAAAGCCCUUGGCGCCCGAGAAAGCCUGGAAAAUUUAAAAUGUCGCUUUUUAUUUCAACACUAAACUUGCAAAAAUAUAAGGGCAAACUGCUUUUUGAGAACCAGAGGGGCUCUCUAGAAAUUCUGAAGGAAUUAAUUUUUUUUUAAUUUCAACGUGAAAUUUUGAAAGAUUAAAAGAAAUGAUGCAUUUCGAAAAUUAGAGUAGCGCCCCAUUGUCUCUGAGUCUCUUUUAUUACAAUAUUUUUUAGUUCAACAUGUCAAAAAUAAAGGGUCAGAGUGUGAGCUACGAGGCAACUCACGACAGUUCAUUUGAUUAAAAAAAAUAGUAAAACCGGCGCCCUGGGUGGGCCGCCCCUCUCGCACCCCUCUAGAUACUCUACUGUACCGUACAGGCGGACAUUUCGUCCAAACAUACCAAUGACCUAAAAAAAAUCGCCAUCUUGAAUUUUUGAAAGAAGAAGUAUUUACUAGUUUGAGGGUCUAUUUUUCAGCUGAUUUGGUUAAAUUUGGAUUUUUUGGAAAGGUCUUGAAAUUUCCAACCCGACUGCAUGGGUCGCAAUUGGUAAUCAAUCAAUUAAGUACCUGUAAAUAAUCUUCUUUAAAUAUUCUUUUUUUUUCUGACCGUAAACUUGUUACCCAUCUAGAGGCGAAACGGUAAGAGAUACGAACUUGGGAUCUUCGGAGGGCCCCCCAUAAGCAUACCAAAGGAAUAUUAUAAUUUUUAUUUUCCCCUACUCCCCUUUAUCCUCUCCAAAACCAUGUCUUUUCGUUUUUCUUAUAAUUGGCCCAAGCUUUUUUUUUUAAAUGAUUUUCGGAUGUGUUUUGGAGGUGGUCCAGGCGUGCAUUUCGUCCAAACAUACCUAUGACUUAAAAAAAUUGCCAUCUUGAAUUUUCGAAAGUUAAAGUUUAACGGGUUUUGAAAUCAGUUUAUCGAAUCGGUUAAAUAUCCGUCAGUGACUUAUUACUCUUGUGUUUUCAUUUUUUGUUUGUUCAUUUGCUUGUAACUCAUGUUAGAACAAUCUAAAAUGAUCAUUUAUUUACCAAUUUUUGAUUUUGAAAUACUUUUGUAAUUUAUAAAUCAAUUUGAUCCCUAGUAAAUCAAUAAGGACCAAAAGAUCAUGCGAAAAAUUAUUUCACGGAGGCACUGAGAAAAAAAACGGGGGUGCGAUUAACUUUUUUUCCUCAUAACUUCAACGCUUUUUAGGUGUAAAAAAUAUCAACAUUUCUUAAUGUUAAUUUUACACCUUUUUAAGGGUAAAAUUAACAUGAAAAAGGGUAACUUUAACCCCUAAUACACCUGAAAAGGGUAAUAUUUACACCGAUUUCGGAUCAAUACUGUAUAGGGUAAAAUUAACAUUUCCGGAAUGUUAUUUUAACUUUUUCGGAUUUCUCUCAGUGGGAGAGCUCUAUCUCGUGAGUUCGAGCAUUCCGCAAAGCUCGAAUGCUUUGCCAUCUCUUUUUUUCCAAAAUCGAAUAUCAAUAUCCAGAUCGUUUUUUUAAUUAUUAUUUCAUUAUAUCCACUGACAAUUUCUCUUGAAAUUCUUAUAAAUAUAAAAAAACUGAAAAUCCUGUGAUCAAAGAAAUGCAAUUGGAGGUAAAUCAUAUUUAUUUUUUAUUUAAGCAACUGCACUCUAUAAAAUUUCUGCACAAAAUCAUUUUUCAUUUAGUGAUAAAAAAAAAUUGGGUGGGGUGGGGGUCAGAAUAAUUGAAAAUAGAAAGAAAAUCAUCGUGUUUUGUGCUCCAAUGUGAAAAUCACAUGGAAAUGUUUCAAAUAAAAAUAUUGAAUUUAA